AGAACGAUAAUAAGGAACGUUUUGAGAACAGUGUCACUGCCCUUAUUCAUAAGUAUGGCGACCUUGUCGGCGCUCGGUAUCGUGAUAGCCAUUGGAUUGAUCGUAUUUAACGUCUAUAAUAGGCACCGAAGAGUUAUAUAUUCGUCUCAUCCCACCGCCAACACGAUAAUGCUGAUAGGAAUAAUAGGCUGCUUCUUGGCCGUGUUGUGCAUAGGGUUUGACGGUAGGUUCGUCACGCCGUGGCAGUUUUUGAUAGUCUGCCAGGCAAGAGCGUGGACGAUGUCGGUCGGCUUCACCCUGGCGUUCGGUGCCAUGUUCAGUAAAGUGUGGAGGGUCCAUCGACUCUCUACGAAGGCGAAAGCCGAUCAAGGAAAAUUUUUCAUCAAGAUGGAACCAUCCUGCAUGGUUUGCUGUUCCCGCUC